AUGGGGGAAAUAGUCUCGAUUAUCGCCAUGAAGCCCUUUACCUUCUUCUUCCUCUUGACUUUUGCUAUCCUUUUGUUACCAAGUAUCCUAAUACCAUAUUGGUAUCAUAUGAUGAAAAAGAUAGAGGGAAAUGUGGAAAUGGCAACAAGUUUUGGUCGUCAUGAACUCAUGACAAAUAUUGAAGAUGCUGCAAAACUUAAUAUUCCAAUCAAUUCAUCUUCCAUUAAUCUUGCUAGGGUUUUGGAAAACCAGUUUGUUGCUGAUAAUAAUAUUUUAUUUUCCGACAUCAAAGCUAAGGUGAUGCCAGCAUUAUAUGAAGCACAAUUAAUCAUUCCUCAUGUAAUGCAAGUUUCAUACAUAGGAUUAGAUGGCCUCUUCUUCUCAUACACCAAACAAGAUGAUCAAAUAUUUGCCAUAUAUUCCAACACAACAUUCAAAAACAAUCUUGAUCAUUACAUUUGGUACACUCAACUUGUGAACUCUACAACUGGACACUUACAUGGAGAAACCAUGAUCACAAAACCAUCCAUUCUUGUUAAUGAGACAUGGUUUAAACAAGCCAUAAAUAGUCCAAAUGGUUAUGUUUCAAUUGGGUUUCAAUGGAAUACUACUAGUACUAAAAAACAUGUCUCAAAUUUGUUGUUGGAUACCAUGAGAUUAGGCCAAAUAGGGGCCCUUUCUCUAGGCUUUUCUUUGGAAGGAAUAACUGAUGUUUUUACUAGUACUAAGCUAUUGGGUUCAGCAAGUUUAUAUAUUGCUAGUAUGGAUUGUGGGUAUGUACUCAUGGAUGGUAUAAAGGAUGCUAACAUAAGGUUUGAAAAUGGCUAUGCUUUGAUUCAAGGGAGGAACCAAAAUUAUGUUGGUCAUGUUCCAUGUAAACACAAUGGUGUUAGAAAUGUUGGUGGCAUCACAUUGGAGAUUGCUGGAAUCGACUUCAUUUUCUAUUGCUCAACAAUAGAUAUAGCUACUGUGCCAUUGGGAUAUGUAUUAGCCUUUCCAAGCAAAGGACUAGUUCAUGUUCACAAUCACACCAAAGUGGCAUUAAUACUUCUAGUUAUCAUGAUGGUUGCCAUGGUGAUUUCCGUCUUGGCGUUUGUUGCCUUGAUCGUAAGGGCAGCUAGACGAGAGGUGCACCUAUGUGCAGCAUACAUGAGGGAGAUGGAAAGAACAUCCCAAGCCGAGAGGAAGAACAUGAAGCAAAGCCUAGCCUUUGCAAGAGCUAACCAUGACGUUCGUGGUUACUUAGCUUGCAUUAAGGGCUUGAUUCAGCUCUCGUAUACCGAUCUUCCUCCUUCUUCUGAAGUAGUCUCUAACAUGAAGAAGAUAGAAACUUGUGCUGAGGACUUAUUAGUAUUAGUGAACUCGAUUCUAGAUUUCAGCAAGAUGGAAGCUGGAAAAAUGCAACUAGAGGAGACGGAAUUCGACCUAGGACAGCUUCUUGAAGACAUAGCUGAUUUGCAACACCCAGUUGCUACGAAAAAAGGGGUAGAUGUAAUUCUAGACCCUUGCGAUGGCUCGAUAUUCAAGUUUUCCCUUGUGAAAGGCGAUCGUAGCAAGCUUAAACAGAUUUUAGGCAACUUGCUAAGUAAUGCAGUCAAAUUUACUUCACAAGGGCACAUUUCUAUCAGAUGCCAUGCUAGGAAAUUGAGUUUAGAGAACUCGAUUAUUGCUUCAAAUAGGAAUAGCCUCUUGAACAGGUUAUCGAGUUUUUUUCAUAAGAAUAAGCGUGCGUACAAUGAUCUCGAGGAGAUGAAGACUAUCAAGCAAGAUCCAAAUUGCAUGGAGUUUGAAUUUGAAGUGGAGGAUACGGGUCCUGGGAUACCUAAGGACAAGCGUCUUUUAAUAUUUGAAAACUUUGUUCAAGUCAAAGAAACCUCUGCAGGACAAGUUGGCACCGGCUUAGGACUUGGCAUUGUUCAAUCUUUGGUAAGAUUGAUGGGAGGAGACAUAGAAAUUGUGGACAAAGCCAAUGGUGAGAAAGGGACUUGCUUUAGGUUCAACAUUUUCUUGAUAGUGCAAGAGGAAACGGUAGCGCAUGAUCAUCCAACAGAACAACUAUUAACAGAACAUAAGGACACCAAUCUAAGCGCAGGGCUAACCACUUGUGUUCAAAGUCCAAGAACCGAAAAGUCCUUAGUGAUUCUCUUGAUCAAGAAUGAAGCGCGAAGAGGAAUGGUUCAAAGAUACAUGGAAUCUCUUGGAAUCAACGUAUUUGUCCUUAGCCAAACGAAGCAAUUCUCGUCUACUCUCAAAAAGAUCAAGUCCAAAAUCAUUGAGCCUCAAUGUUACAACUCAUCAUCAGGGAGGUCGGACUUUAGCCCUCCUUGUGGGACCACUUACUUGAGUAGUAGCUCUGACUGCUGUAAACCCGGUCCAAAAUUGUUGCCUCUUAGUAGGAUGGAAGGUCGUGAUGAUGUUUUACCAGUGUAUAGAAGGUCUAAGAUUCGCGGGCCAAUGAAGUGCAUACUACUCGUGAUAGACUGUAACGCAGGGGAUGAUUUUCAGAAACUGCAGAGAGUUGUGUCUCAGUUCAGAAAGGAUCUUCACAUGACUUGCACCAAGGUAGUUUGGCUCGAUAGGCCUGACACUCGUAGGGAACAUUUUCAAGGUUUACAAGAUGAGAAUCUACCUCCAACUGAUCAUAUAAUGUCCGAGCCACUUCAUGGGUCACGCUUAUCGAGGAUUAUAAGGCUUCUUCCUGAGUUUGGGGGUACUACUUAUGUGGUAUCAAAGGCACACCCACAAUCAGAAACAGAAGAAGAAUUUGUCGAGUCUAGUGGGGGUGAGACAAAAGUGAUUAGAAACAGAAAGAACACAAAAAUCGAACCUCCUGCUGAUAGUUUUGGUCGAGAUCAACUAGAAGUACAUCGAUUCACAAGAAGCUCAAGGAGCUCAAGCAGCGACAAACCCAAGUCACAAACGACUAAAAUCGCGCAGGAAAGGGAAGAGACCAAUCAAACACUUCCUUUGGAGGGGAAGAAAAUAUUGAUAGUCGAAGAUCACCUAUUACAAAGAAAGUUGGCUCAAACAUGUGUGACUCGUUUAGGUGCCGACAAUCAACUAUGUGGGAACGGCAAAGAAGCACUUGACAUAGUAUGCAAGGCUUUGAGUGAGUUACUAAAUGAAGGAACCGAGUUUCCAUAUGAUCUAAUUCUCAUGGACUGUCAGAUGCCGGUGAUGGAUGGUUUUGAAGCGACAAAGAGAAUCCGCGAGGAAGAGAAGAAAUACGGAGUACACAUACCGAUCAUAGCAUUAACAGCACAUGAGAUGGAUGGAGAAGAAGGAAAGAAGAUAGCUGAAGCAGGAAUGGAUUUUCAGUUAACAAAGCCACUCCAAAGGAAUGAGCUUCUAAAUUUAGUAAAUCUUGUAUUAGGCUAA